AUGCGAGCCCGACUUUAUCUGAAUGGUGACGGCAAUGCUCGACGUACACAUAUGUCAUUGUUUUUUGUUUUAAUGCGUGGACGAAAUGAUGCAACGUUAAAAUUUCCCUUCAAUUAUAAAGUUGCAUUUUGUUUGUAUGAUCAAACUCCUCGACAACAACAUAUUAUCGAUUCUUUUCGACCAGAUAUUCGAUCGAAUAGUUUUCAAAGACCACGAUCAGAAAUGAAUAUUGCUAAUGGUGUACCUAAAUUCUUUCCAUUGGCGAUGAUUCAACAAGAAGGUAAUCCAUAUGUUCGAGAUGAUACAAUGUUUAUUAAAGUAAUGAUUGAUUUUGGUGACAUACCGCAACCGUUGUUACCAUAUGCAUUGAGUCUCAAUCCUGGAUUACCAACAAAUGUUCAACAAUUAAUGAUCAAACAAGAAAUAGAAAGAAGAGUACAACAACCAUGGGAAACAAAUAUUUAUAAAAACAAGUUUGGCUGUGAGGAAAGCUUUCCGUGA